UAACAAAUGCAAUAUAAAGUGAAGGACCACCAUAAUUUACAUACACCUUUAUUUCUAGCCACAUGAUGUCAAUCAUUCUAUGAUCACAACCACCAAAUGACAGCAAUCACCUUACUCUAAAGAAUGUCAUAUAAAGAAUCUCACUCUUAUACACAACUUGACUUGAUAGUCAAAGUGUUGCCACCAACAAAACAAUUAUUGCUCAUUAUUAAGCUAAAAAUCCAACUACACACCGAAUCAAUAAGCAAAACACUAUUUAAUACAUAUUUUCUAACCCAUUGUAUAAAUGUCUAUAAAAUUUAUGCAAAAAUUAUAUAAUUAAGUAGAUUCUAUUAAAAUUUCAAUCAAUAAAAAACAAUGUUGAAAAUUUUUUAGAUUUUGUUGCCAAUUUAUUUGUUAGCAACAACAAAAGUUAACAGAACAAACAUGGACAUCAAUAAUAACAAGGAUUCGUUUUGUUGAGAGAAGCUGGUAUCUGUCUCCGACACCAUUUCAUUAGAGAUGAGAUUCUUGCAACAUUCUUCAAUCUCUUCACGCCCUUACGCGUCUUUUCUGAAUUAUUGUUUGCACUUUCAAACGCAUUACUCUUCUUCUUCUUCUUCUUCUUUGCCGCCAACACAAGACCAUGUUUGCCAGCUCAUACUUGACCAAAAAACCGCUUCUGAGGCACUCGAAACCUUCCGGUGGGCCUCAACCUUCUCCAAAUUCACCCAUUCACAAUCCACAUACCGUGCUUUAAUCCACAAACUCUGUAUUUUUCGCCGUUUCGAUACUGUCAAGCAACUGCUCGACGAAAUGCCUAGCUCAAUCGGAGCUUCCCCGAGCGAUGAUAUCUUUAUAACGAUCGUUCGGGGACUCUCUCGGGCCCGAAUGACCAGAAGGGUAAUCAAAGUUGUUGACUUGGCUUACAAGUUUCAUGGCACACCUUCUUUGAAGAUUUUCAACUCAAUUUUAGAUGUGCUUGUGAAAGAGGACAUUGACAUGGCUAGAGAGUUUUAUAGAAAGAGUAUGAUGGAGAGUGGUGUUCAAGGAGAUGAUUAUACUUUUGGGAUUUUGAUGAAAGGUCUUUGUUUAACAAAUAGGAUUGGUGAAGGUUUUAAGCUUUUGCAGCUUAUCAAGUCUAAUGGGGUUACCCCAAACACUGUCAUUUACAACACUUUGCUCCAUGCACUUUGUAGGAAUGGAAAAAUUGGAAGGGCUAGGAGCUUGAUGAAUGAGAUGGCGAACCUGAACAAUGUCACCUAUAAUAUUUUGAUUUCUGGGUAUUGUAAGGAAGAGAAUUUGGUUCAAGCUCUUGUGUUGCUUGAGAAGUGCUUUGCCAUGGGUCUUGUACCUGAUGUUAUCACCAUAACUAAGGUGGUUGAGAUUCUAUGCAAUGCCGGCCGUGUCACCGAGGCCGCCGAGGUUCUUGAAAGAGUUGAGAGCUUGGGGGGUUCUCUUGAUGUUGUCGCUUACAAUACAUUGAUAGAGGGGUUUUGUGGAGUGGGAAAAGUGAAAGUUGGACUUCAUUUCUUGAAACAGAUGGAGAAUAAAGGCUAUCUUCCAAAUGUGGAUACCUAUAAUAUACUGAUAAAUGGGUUUUGUGAAUCUAGAAUGUUGGAUUUGGCUCUUGAUCUAUUUAAUGAUAUGAAAACAGAUGGAAUCAAACGGAAUUUUGUUACUUUCGACGCGAUGAUUAGAGGUUUGUGUUCAGAAGGAAGAAUUGAAGACGGUUUUUCAAUUUUGGAGUUAAUGGAGGAAACCAAAGAAGGCUCUAGAGGUCACAUUAAUCCUUACAAUAGCAUAAUAUAUGGUCUAUUUAAGCAGAAUCGUUUCGACGAAGCCACCGAGUUUCUAACAAAGAUGGGUAAAUUGUUCCCUAGAGCAGUUGACAGAAGCAUGACGAUUCUACAGCACUGCAAGGAAGGUAGUACUAUUGAAGAAGCAAAGAGGGUAUAUGAUAAGAUGGUUGAGGAAGGUGGAAUUCCAAGUAUUCUAGUUUAUAACUGUCUUGUUCACAGCUUUUCCGAACAAGGUAGUAUCCGAGACGCAAUAGAGCUUAUCAAUGAAAUGAUAGCUAAUAACUGUUUUCCCGUUGCAUCGACAUUCAAUGCUAUCAUCACUGGAUUUUGUAGAGAAGGAAAAAUUGAAAGUGCCUUGAAGUUCAUGGAAGACAUCACUGCAAGAGGUUGUGUACCUAACACAGAAACUUACAGCACUUUGAUUGAUGUGUUAUGUAGGAAAGGGGAGCUUCAGAAAGCCUUGCAGAUCUUUUUAGAAAUGGUAGAGAAGGGCAUCCUUCCUAACCAUUUUAUAUGGAAAACAUUGCUACUCACUUUGAGUCUACAGAAAAAUUUCAGACAGGUCCAAAGAUGUUCAGAAAUCAGAAAAUAAUAUCAAGUAGUUGUUUGUCCUUUUCUUUAGCCUUGCAGUAUGAAUAAGGUUGAGCAAAUAUCAAGAUUAAAACAAUCCCUUUUCCAGAUAAGUUGUGUGUCUUAUACUCUUAUGUAAUUUUUCUAUUUAUUCCAUACAUAUAUGCUUUACAAUUUGGCAUGAUACGUGGAGAUUGUAACAAAAUUUUGUAGAAAUCAUGCCACCUACCACAGAAAAUCCAAUAAAAUAUAUUGUAAAUUAUAGCAGAAAUUGCACUCAUCUCUUCUAACUUAUGCUUAAAAAUAUAAAUUUAUAUUUAAUUUAUCAUCUAUUAAAAA